AACGAAUAUAAGUAUCAUGUAAUGCUGAGUGGACGUUUUGACAAAGGUUGACUCACCAGAAAGUAAAGUAAACAUGGCUUCUAACUCGGGCGGAAGUAAGCUUGGAGAAGGAGAAAGAGAACAAGCCUUGAUAUCAUCACUGGAGUCGCUUUGUAAGAAACAUGAUCGUGAAACUGCACGACAAGCGAUAGAAACACUAUUAACACUCGCAAAUAACAUAGUUAAAUCUCCAACCGACGAAAAAUACCGAAAGGUCAAAAAACAAAACAAAUCAUUUUCUUCAAAAGUUUGGCAGCUAUCAGAAGCUCAGGAGUUUCUUUUCAGUUGGGGAUGGCAGGAGGAUGAUGACUACGUUGUGCUUCCAUCAGACGAGGAUAUUCAACUUGUUAAACAAAUAUUAAUGAAGAAAUUGCACACUAUUCCUUCAAGAUCCAGUUCAGGAGUAACCUCUAAAUCUGAACCUGUGACUUACAGAGAGAGAGAGAGAGAGAGACAAUUACAAGAGGAAAGAAGGAAAGUUUUAGAAAAGAAAAAAUUUGAGGACCAGGAAAAAGCAAGAAUCAAAGCAAAGAUCCAGGCUGACAGAAAGGAUUUAAAAGACAGAGAAAUGAGGGAGUCGAGAGCAAGAAAAUCAGAGAAAUUUGGUGGAAAGAUUACAAAAUUUGGGGACAUUGGUGUGGAUCUAAACAAGGGAGGAUGAGGAUAAUUUCCCUUUGGAUCCAAGUUUCAGUGAUCCAAAUAUUUUAUUGAAGGCCACAACGUUUUGACCAAAGUAUAUGACAACAUCUCUGUAAAAGGUUGAUAAAGCCUCAGAGAUGUUUGAUGACACUUGGCAAUACAGAAUUCAAAACUUAUCUCAGUAAAUAUUGAAUGUUGUAAGAAAUUAUUUCACAGGGGGACUUUUAUCUUAAUUUGUUUGAUAGGAUUUUCAGCAGUGCACUUGCUAGGUUAGAGAAAGUCUUAAAAAAACUUUUUGUGGUGAUGUUUGAUUACAUCUAUGAAUGAAAUUGUAGAAUAUUUAGAUUAACACUUGCUGCUGAAAUUGUCAAAACUUUUGUUAGAACAGAAUAAACCACAACAUUUUUGCCCUGUU